GCUCUGGCUCAGGACGCACCACUGUGUCGUUCAUGCAGCCUCGGCGGGACCGCCUGCAACCAUGAAUUGGGCGACUUUGCUUCCGUACAGCUUGUGCCUGAAUAGCGUGUGUGCUGCGCGACAUUUAACGCUCUCGCACCGCCCACACCUCCGCUCUGCUUCUGGUCGUCUAUUGCCUUCAGUCCACUCCCUGCUUUCUGCUCUCCACAGUCCAUGCUGCUGCGGCAUUUUCGAGCCCCUCUCCCCUCCCCUUCUCAGAUCCUGGUCCUGAUAAUGACUUGCAAUAUCACCAACACGCCGCUCUACACCGAGCCUCUUCCGCUCUACCAGCGCAACGACCCAGACACGGCAUCCAUCCACUCGGCAGCCCCGUCCUACGUCUCGGAGACGCCCACGUACACGUCUCGCCGCCCCAGUAUCCCCACCUCAUCCUCGCUUCUCCCACCACUUCCCGUGUCCUCCACCACAACCCCACACGAGCAAGCACGUGGCCUACCAGCACCCCGCUAUGCACCCGGCUUCCAGUCCCGCGCCCAUGGCUCCGUAUCAGAUAUCGACUCGCUCAGCUUCAAUAUUGGUAGCUGGAGCAGUACGCGGACGAGUCACGCGAGCCGUCAAUACCACGCUGUGGCUCGACGACGCGCAAACCAAGCUGCGAACACGACGGCCAUUCUAAAUUCCCUCAACGCCGUGCCUCCUCCCAUGGCUUCUUCUUCCACGGGGGGCGAGGUUUCUCCCAGUGCGUCCUCCACGGCCAUGAAUACCUAUCCCGUGCAAGUAGGCAGUUCAAACGAGCCCUUCAAUCCUCUCGAAGAUCCGUAUCUUGUUGGAGAAGAGGCCGCUGGUAGAGCGAGAGCCCAGCGGGUAUACCGCGAGAUGUGUCUCCGCGGUGAAGAGACGGUCAAGUAUGAUAGCCGCAGCUGGGAAUUCAUGCUCGCUCAGAUGGCCGACUGGGAGGAGAGGGGCAAGAGCUGGAGUUACUUCCGCGCCCGAGUUGGACAGACGAAGUUGCUUGGGCGGAGGUUGGGUUUGAGGACUUAGAGCUGAUUACGAAGUGCGCUCGCGUCGAGGAAUCAGAGCGAGCGUGCAACCCCCUGCGGUACCUGCGUCAGCCAUUGGAUAUUACUAAGACCACCUGAGGUCUUUCCUAUGCAAUGACACCAUGGCAUGAUUUAUGACAGAUGGGAUUUGGCUAGCGUCCAGUAAUGUUGUAAUUUUCAAUCUAGUACAACAGAUCUCUCCGUGCAAUAGAUAGGGUAGGCCAAUAUUGAGUCUGGGUAUUUCCUCAUAUUUCAUUUCCUGGGCAUGAGUUUGCUCGACGGUGGUGGACACAUUUCCUUUUAUUUCAUACAUUGGCUAUGAUGACUUCGCCUCUAAAUGGAGUUUAUAUACAUCUAGGUGGUGUUCUGUAGAUCGCAUGAACGGGGAACUAUACAUCGGUAUUUGCGCAUGCACUUGACCAGGUUCAAUUCGAACUAUUUCC